AUGUGGCUGGCACUGCUCUCCCACGUGGCUGCCCGGUUGCCAUGGGCCCGAACCAAGGAGGUGUUUGAGUUUGUGAAGGGGCGGGUGUGGUUCCGCGCGCACCCCAUGUGGUAUGCCAAGAUGAUCGCGCUUCUCACCAAGACGCGCCUGCGCCAGCUGCAGCGCCGCCAGGCAGACGGAAGCACAGGGCAGGAUGGGGCGGAUGGGGUGGCGGCAGUGGUGGUACCGGUGUGGAGACUGGUGCAGGAGAUGCAGCGAGUAGGCGUGCCUGCCUCUGCCUCUGUCUGCAACUCCCUGCUCAAAGCUUUCUGUGCUGCUGCCCUGCUGCCCACCCCGCCCCGUGCUGCUGCUGCUGCUGCUGCUGCUGCUGCUGCUGCUGCUGCUGCUGUUGCUGCUGCUGCUGCUGCUGCUGCUGCUGCUGCUGCUGCUGCUGCUGCUGCUGCUGCUGCUGCUGCUGCUGCUGCUGCUGCUGCUGCUGCUGCUGCUGCUGCUGCUGCUGCUGCUGCUGCUGCUGCUGCUGCUGCUGCUGCUGCUGCUGCUGCUGCUGCUGCUGUGAUGCCCCUGCUUCCCGUGACGACGAUUCCUGUGGAACUGGGAGUUUGGGGGAGAGAGUCGGAGGCUUCAAGGGCCGUGUUAGCGAGAAGGAUAGCGGCGGGGAGUAUUCUCCGGAAAGGCAGCAGCAGCAGAGGGAGAAAAGGCGGAGGCGUGCGUGGAGGAGAGGGGGGCAGGCCCGGCAGGGGCGGGGAGGAGGAGGUGCGGGUGGUGCUGGGGGAGGGGUGUGGCCCCACUGCAGUGUCGUUCAACAUCCUUCUGGACGCGCUGGGGCAGAGCGGGCGACUGGCAGGCAUGGAGCAGCUGUGGCACCAGAUGGCUUUGCUGGGCAUUGCCCGCACACACGCCACAUACCUGGCCGCCAUGUCAGCAUACGCACGCCACCGCAGUGCAUCGCGCCUUCUCUCCAUCCACCGCCAGAUGUCGGCAGAUGAUUCGCUGCCGCCGCCCAGCCGUGCUACGUUGUCCGUGCUGAUCGAGUGUCUGGGAGCGGUGGGCGCGGUGGGGAGGAUGGAGGGCGCGUUUGACGCCAUGCAGGAGCGCGGAUGGGUGGUCUCAACAGCGACUUGGAACUCUGCCUUAGCGGCGUAUGCUGCACGCAACGACAUGAACGGCAUGUGGAGGAAGUUUGAGGAGGUGAUGGCGGGUGGGGGCCACCCAGACAUGGCCACCUUCAUGCUGCUGCUCUCGCACCUAGCCCAGCGCCGCCAGCUGCACCGCAUAGAACACCUCUGGUCGCUCAUUGCCCCUCCUGCUUCCUCGUGCCGUGUGCGCGCGCUCGCAAGAUAG